CGUGUAAUGUUUUGGUUGUGCCGAGUUAUGAGUCUGACUGUCGGCUUGACGUCCAAUCUCGGUCUCCCGGUGUUAGUAUCGUUUUAAUCGAGAAACGAUCUAAUUAUUCCAUGCUAGGACGAUGGCUUCGACGUUAAUGAGGCCGAUAUCAUUUCCAGAAAUCGGAUUCGGCGACCAAGAUCAGGACGGGAAUUCGGCGCUCCUGGAAUUAGACAGAGGAUUAAAGUCCUCAAGAACUGGAGAACAGUGUGAAGCAAUUUCAAAAUUUCCAGCAUUAUUUGAGAGGUACCCCUUUCCAAUCCUCAUCAACUCUGCUCUUUUGAAGCUGGCAGAAGUGUUUCGUCAAGAAACUCCUGGGAGUAACUUUGUGCGAGUAUGUGUUGUGGAAGUAGUGGAGUCGUGUGGACGGCAUUUAGACAAACUUAUAAACGUUGAUGAAUUUCUUCGGCGCAUUACCACAGUUAUGCACUCCAAUGAUCCACUUGCUCGUGCCUUAACGUUACGUACGUUGGGGUGGAUGUCGGGAGUGGUGGGUGAAAACAGACAGGUUCAGCAUCUGAUACGCGAAGCCCUCGAUGCAAAAGAUUCUGUUGAGCUUCAAGCGGCUAUAAUGGCCUCAGAAAAAUAUGCUGCAAAAUCGAAAACAUUUGCCAUGAACAUGUGCGAGCGUCUCACACAUAUGAUCGGAGGAUUAGCUACGCCAGUUGAUGUGAAACUCCAGUUGAUACAGGUUUUUCAACAUAUGCAUCAUGAUGCAGAAACAGCUGCAACUGUCCGAAGCUUAUGUCUAGAGUUGUUGAAAGAGUACCCAACGCAGCGGGUGGUAAUAACGACACUUCACACACUAACCCAGUUAGCAGCUCAUAUUCUUGUCGACAUCCCCCAGCAGGUGGAUCUCUUGAUGGGAUAUUUAAAAAGUGAAGCCCGUUUAGGAGUUCGACAGGCUGUUCUUGGAGAGCUAGGAUAUCUGGCCGAAGCAGCACCACAUGCUUGGUCCGCAGAAAAUGUUGAGACGUUAAUAGAAUUCACAAGGGCUUCACGCCACAAUGCUGCAAUAACAACUACGGCCUUAUGUGUGUUAGCAUCCCUUACAUCCGCUCCAGCAAUACCUUCAGUCUCAUUAACACCAGGUAGGGACUAA